UGCACUUCGUGUGUUCUCCUGCAGAGGCAGAAUAUUUGAGUGUGGUGCAUCAGCAGAUCAGCCUCAGCCUCAGACAGACACCGCAGCCCUCAGACACAAACACUCCUCUUCUGGCUUGUCUCAUUACAUUGCAUAAUAUCGACGAGCCAUCAUGCGUGAGUGUAUCUCAGUCCACGUCGGUCAGGCUGGUGUCCAGAUUGGCAAUGCCUGCUGGGAGCUUUACUGCCUGGAACAUGGGAUCCAGCCGGACGGACAGAUGCCCAGUGACAAGACCAUCGGCGGAGGAGACGACUCCUUCAACACCUUCUUCAGUGAGACUGGAGCUGGAAAGCACGUCCCCAGAGCUGUUUUUGUCGACCUGGAGCCCACUGUCAUCGAUGAGGUGCGCUCUGGGACCUACCGCCAGCUGUUCCACCCUGAGCAGCUGAUCACUGGCAAGGAGGAUGCUGCCAACAACUACGCCCGUGGACACUACACCAUCGGCAAAGAGAUCAUCGACCUGGUGCUGGACAGGAUCCGCAAACUGCGCUCCAUCCAGUUUGUGGACUGGUGCCCCACUGGUUUCAAGGUGGGCAUCAACUACCAGCCGCCCACUGUAGUUCCUGGUGGAGACCUGGCCAAGGUCCAGAGGGCUGUGUGCAUGCUGAGCAACACCACUGCUAUUGCAGAGGCCUGGGCUCGGCUGGACCACAAGUUUGAUCUGAUGUACGCUAAGCGUGCCUUUGUUCACUGGUAUGUGGGUGAGGGUAUGGAGGAGGGAGAGUUCUCUGAGGCCAGAGAAGACAUGGCAGCUCUGGAGAAGGAUUAUGAGGAGGUUGGAGUUGACUCCGUUGAGGGUGAGGGAGAGGAGGAGGGAGAGGAGUAGGGCCUACUUACUAAUAAGUUUAAUGUGUCAUUCCUGAACAACAAUCAGGAGCACAGUAUCUUGAAUUUCUGUUUAGAUGUGUGAUGUUGUGUUUUCAAUUAAUCACAGUAGUUGUAAAAAGCCAUUUGAUGGUUUGUGCACUGUUAAUAAAUUGGGGAAAAUUA